AUGAAAUACAAACCAGUUUCAAUCACUUAUAUUAGUAAAAAUGAUAAAGAUGCGAUAUUUGCAUCAUCAGGAAUCAACAUUAUAACGAAAAAUGAAUCAUAUGUCCUAACAAUAAAUCAUAUACCCCACAUCUCAGAUUAUAAAAUAUAUGUAAAUCAUGGACCAAACAAAUUGGAGAAUAUAGUAAAUUGGAAGGAAGUACGAGUGGUGAAAGAAAUAGAGUUGAUUCAAGAGUUUAAAUAUUUCAAAAAUGAGUUUAAUAUUUUCCCAUGUGAUCAAUUUCCAUCAAAAACUAUAUCAUUAGUGAAACUUACUUCAAUACCUACCACCGAUUCUCAUGAUUUCGAAAUAGACUCAGAUAUCAAAGUUGGAGAAGCAAUAAAAGUAAUAUCAAGUCCAUUCAAUCUAACGAAUCCUUUCAUUUUUCAAAAUUUUGUCAAUUACGCUCACAUUGUCAAUCAACUACAACAUAAUUAUUAUUUAAGCGACUUAAAAUAUUUAGAUAAUACGAAUGGUGGAAUAGUUAUAAAUCCUGCAAAUGAUUCAAUUCUAGGUUUAAUUGUGGGUAAUCUUAGAAAAAUCAACGGAGAUGGAGAUCUAACCAUAAUAAUACCAUUUGAUAAAAUAUUUAGACUACUAAGCAAUGAUGAAAUAAUGGAAGUAAUUUCAUCAAAUUCUGUAUCAUCCUCCUCAGUCGUUCCGAUAAAGAUCAAAACUUUGAAGAAAUAUACAUGGGGUUCAUGUGUUUACUAUGAACCAAACGUAUUGAUUACAAAUCAUCAUGUUAUAUCACCAUUACUUACUGAAAAUUCAUCAACUGCUGAAAUUAUACUAUCCAACAAAGUCAUAUAUAUAACUAAAGAACAAGUUAAAACACCAACUAUGGAUCUAGACUUGUCAUUUAUUUAUUUAAAAGAACCUUUACCAGGAAAUAUUCCUGUCAAAUCAUGUACAAGUUACACAACAGAAAAUAAAGUAUAUACUGAAUCAUAUGGGUUAUACUUAAAUGAAAACAAUUUAUCAACAAUGAUAUGUCCAGGUUAUAUCAACUACAUAUACACCACAAACAAUAAUGUUAAUGGAAUGAUUAUUGCUUCAACUUCUUGUUUCAAUGGUAGUUCAGGGGGUGGAUUGUUCAAUUUUAAUAAUGAAUUUAUCGGUGUGAUUUGCUCAAAUGCUCAAGUUAAGAAAUUUAAGUCGUACCAAAAAGAACCAGAAGAUGAAUUUGAAAAAAUUACAAAUUUUACAUUUAUACUACCUGUUGACAUUAUUAAUUAUUGUUUUGAUAGCAUAGAUAAAGAAGUAGAAAUAGAUUCUACAAUUAUAGAUUUAUGGAAAUUAAAACCAUUCCACCAGGAAGAAUUUAUUGAUUACAAUAAAUUUAAACUAUAA